AUGACUGUGACAUAUAGCCUCAGUCCGUCUUAUAUUCAGGGCCCUCUGGUGGCGGCGACGAUCUUCGGCGCAUUGGCAACUGCUGCUACAGCUGUGCGUCUAUAUGCAAUGCAUCUGAAAGCCCUGAAACCCGGACUUUCCGAAUUCUUCAUCCUCGUGGGAGUUCUGUUGAUGUAUGGCGCUCUCGCUUUACUUUUUAUCAUGACCAAGUAUGGAGGCAUGGGCCUACAUGUGGCAGAUGUAGAACCGGAAGCCAGGGUAAUAGCGCUGAAGUCGCUCUUGUCCGUGGAGAUCCUCUAUGGUACCUCACUCGGAAUGGUCAAGACUUCGAUAGCUCUAUUUAUGGUUCGAAUCUUUGGAUCCAAUGGUACCUUCAAGGCUGGCGUCAUUGUCGCCCUAUUCAUUGUUUGGGCAUGGGCGACUAGUAUCAUCCUUGAAUGCUUCUUGCUCUGUCAGCCAUUCAUCUACAACUGGGACACUUCUGUCAACGGUCAUUGCGGUAACCGCCCGGCAGCCUUCAUGGUCGCUGGCAUAAUGAACGUUAUAACCGACGCGAUGGUUAUCGCACUACCUUUGCCUCACAUCUGGAAGCUAAAGCUCAACAUGCAAAAGAAGAUUGGGCUUACCUCAGUAUUUGGCGUGGGACUUGUCAUUAUCCGCCUUAUAUCUAUCUACAAGCUCGACUUUGAGGACCCAACAUUUACUUUGCUCGACCCCAUCAUGUGGACUGUUUUGGAACCUCAGUUAGCCAUUAUCUGCGCCAACAUGCCGUUCUUCAAGACUAUCAUCGCUGCCAUCGCUCCUAGUCUGGGAUCUACCGCCGAUCGAAAAUACGGGCGAUCUUCCGAAAGGACUUUUGAUCGUCUUGGGCAAUCAGCUACAAAUGGCAAUUAUAGCAUGGAUCCGCUGGAUACAAAGACACACACAGUCAAAGUUGGUAAUGACUUUGACUCAACAGAAAUGAUCAAUGUGGAAGUCAAAUCUGUGAAUUCGGACGAAGAGCAGCGCUUAGCCUCCAACGCGGGCCCUUACGGGAUCAGUGUUGUUCAAAAAUUUGAUGUCGAGUAUGAGAAAGCCAGCAUUCGAAAGCGAUGA